AUGGGCACAGUAAACAGCUCGAAGGUCGGCAACUUGAGCAUAACCACUGGAAAAGAAAAGCAUUCUAUUUUUCUUGAUUUCAUUUAUGAUCAUCCCCAACUUAUCUUUAUUUUCAUUCUCGCCGUUCUAACCUAUCUAGUCAUUGCGAGCGUUCGUCGCUAUCACCGCCUUCGCGAUUUUCAAGGGCCUCCAUUGGCUGCUUGGACCAAAUUAUGGCUGUUGAAAACGGUAACUUCUGGGAGGAUGCACCAGAUCUUUUACACAACAACCAAGAAAUAUGGAUCGAUGGUUCGAAUUGCUCCCAACUCCCUCAUGACGUCUGACGCCACAUUAUGGAGGCGCAUCUGCGCUGUUCGCAGCCCGUAUGUUCGCGCAGACUGGUACAAAGGCAUGAGGUUCGAGCCCGAUAAGGAUAUUGUUCUUACGUAUAGCGAUGAGAAGCAUACUGAGAUGCGGUCAAAAUUGGCAGCCGGGUAUGCUGGCAAAGAAAGCGAGAACUUUGAAAAGGAUAUGGAUGCGCGCAUUGCUGAGCUUCUCGAACUCAUCAGGAACAAGUACAUCUCCGAUGACCACAGCUAUAAGCCGUUUGACUGGGGCUUGAUGUCCAGUAAUCUUACUCUAGAUGUCGUCACUGAACUUGGAUUUAGUCAUUGUAUCGGCAAUAUUAAGAGCAACAGCGAUCUGUACGACUACUAUGGCAUCACUGCCGAGGGUCUCCCGAUCGUACAAACAUUGACUGUCUUCCCUUGGAUAGUCACUAUGUUUGAGAAUAGCUCCAUCUUAAAGUGGAUCAUGCCUAGCACUGAAGACAAGCAUGGUUUUGCGAAGAAGCGAGCUCGUGAGCGAUUUGGCCCCGGGAAGUUGGAGAAACGGGACAUGCUAGGGUCGUUUAUCCGCCAUGGCAUAACUCAGAAGGAAGCUGAAGCAGAAACCAUUGUGCAGCUGAUGGCCGGUACCGACCCGGCAGCAACCGCCCUCCGGGUUGCUAUUCUAUAUAUAAUCACACAGCCGCAAGUACACAGGCGACUACUUGAUGAAUUUCAAGCUAACGGUCUGCUAUCCGAGCGAUCAAAUGAGACCAUUGUCUCAUUCGCAACCGCUUCAAAGAUGCCAUAUUUGCAAGCCUGUAUCAAGGAGACUCUGCGGAUAUGGCCCCCUUUCUGCGGACUUAUGGAAAAGGUCGUCCCUCCAGGAGGAGAUGUGCUAGCCGAUGGCCGAAAGUUACCGGAAGGUACUCAUAUCGGACUCUCUUUCUGGGGCAUGAUGCGAGACCCCGAAGUCUUUGGUGACGAUACAGAUAUAUUCCGCCCUGAGCGUUGGAUCAAUACCGAAAAUGAGAGACUCAGGGUGAUGGAAAGGACAGUAGAAUGCGGGUUUAGCUCUGGACGUUAUACGUGUCUUGGAAAGGAUUUGGCUAUCCUGCAGGUCAAUAAGGUGAUUGUUGAGGCCUACAGCAGUGCGGGAUUGUAUGCCAUUGCGAACAACGUCCUGUCCACUAACAAUGUCUUCUACACUCCUGCCCAGCACGGAUAUGAUCGAGCCCUCGACACCUUUCUGAACUGGGUAGACUUCGGAAGCAAUGCCAACCCUGGCCUCGAUGCUGCUCUCUUGGACGCCAUCACAGAGCAGCAGGAUUCUCAGGCAGCACUUGACUCUGCGACUGCUAGGGCUGAAGCCAGGUGGACCAAGGACGUCAAGCGCGGCAUGACUGACCAGCCUUUCGCAGUUUGGCUCGACAUGGGAAAGGCCCCUGAUUGCACUGCGGCUAGGCAACAGGCAGAUAUGGUCUCUCAAAAGAUCACCCAGAUCCAAGUUCAGAUGGGCGGACCCAUGGCUAAUACUGUCAGAUCCGACAGAGACAGCCUCAGCAUGGGCCGGAACAUGGGUUCGGAUUUUCCAGGCUACAACAUGAAGGCUGCAAGUGGCGGUAAUCUUAGUAACGUUGAGCUUCUCAACAAGGAGCGCUCUGGCGAGAGUAUCCCCGACCCACUUACAUCUCGGGUUCCACUCUAUCAAUCUCCCGAAUGUGAGGCCUUUGUCAAGGAUGCCGUGACAGAGGCCGCUAGUGGCGACUACAGCUCUCACAAUCGGAUUGAAGUCGACAUCGACACUGACAAGGACACUUCUGACUAUAAUUUCGGGCAACCUGAUGAUGCUUCAGUCAAUGCUGGAACCCCUUGGUUCUCGUUCGGAGAUUCAACACUGGAUACUGGUUCCGAGUCUUCGGAAGUCGAAGUUGUCGUCACCUACAAUGACAUCCGCGCUGUGACCGUCCAGCCUGGACAGUGGAAUGUCGACCUCAGCAAGUACAAGUUACGUUCUGAAGCCCCCAACGAAGUCAAGACACUUUCUCGAGCCAGCCAAGUCGUUGUCGUCGCCGGUCUCGGCUUUGAGAUCACCGUCGGGGAAUCCACCGCCGAGACGCUUGAUAGUGAGCUGGAGGAGACUACCAAUGCUGGUGGUAGCAUUAGUGUCUUUGGUAUCACCAUCAAUCUGGGUGAUGCUGGGAAAAACACACACACAACAUCUUGGGAUAAGGACUUCAGGACUUUCAAGGUCGUGCCUGAUUUCGAUAACAACAUUACUACCGUUGUUGGUGUCGUUGCCUAG